ACGUGCAGAAGUUGUUCAUGUCGGCAGAGCGCACCGCGACUCCAACCUCUCCAAUCUCGGGAGCGCAAAUGACAAUGUCGAUCUAAUUUUGCGACCCCGUAAACGUCUGCAGCGGGUUGCCGAAAAGAAUUUAUUGCUCAAGCAUUAAGAAUCAACUUUUGUCCACCGAAAGCAACGCCAGGCGCCGAUGUAUCGAUGAAUUUCGCCGGGAAACUAACGAACGUCCUCCUGCUGGUGCUCCUCGCAGCGCAAGGUUGUUUUUCAUCGAAGGGCGAGGACAGAUUAUUUCGGAGGUUGUUCCGAAGGUACAACCAGUUCAUCCGACCAGUGGAGAAUGUUUCUGAUCCGGUUACUGUGGAGUUUGAGGUGUCCAUAUCUCAGCUCGUCAAAGUGGAUGAGGUGAAUCAGAUUAUGGAAACCAACCUGUGGCUGAGACAUGUAUGGAACGACUACAAACUGAGAUGGGCUCCUGUUGAGUAUGAUGGGAUUGAGUUCAUACGAGUCCCGUCCAACAAGAUCUGGAGACCAGAUAUCGUCCUGUACAACAAUGCUGUGGGAGAUUUCCUUGUAGAGGACAAGACCAAGGCUCUGCUGAAGUUUGAUGGUACAAUCACUUGGGUUCCUCCAGCUAUCUUCAAAUCCUCCUGCCCCAUGGACAUCACCUACUUCCCCUUUGACUACCAGAACUGCUCCAUGAAGUUUGGCUCCUGGACCUAUGACAAAGCCAAAAUCGACCUGGUGCUCAUUGGCUCAAAGGUCAACCUAAAAGACUUCUGGGAAAGCGGCGAGUGGGAGAUCAUUGACGCACCGGGCUACAAGCACGACAUCAAGUAUAACUGCUGUGAGGAGAUCUACCCUGACAUCACCUACUCCUUCUACAUCCGCCGCCUGCCCCUCUUCUACACCAUCAACCUAAUCAUCCCCUGCCUCCUCAUAUCCUUCCUCACGGUGCUGGUCUUCUACCUUCCAUCUGACUGCGGGGAAAAGGUCACCCUGUGCAUCUCUGUCCUCCUCUCCCUCACUGUGUUCCUCCUGGUCAUCACUGAGACCAUCCCGUCGACGUCGCUCGUCAUCCCUCUGAUCGGCGAGUAUCUCCUCUUCACUAUGAUAUUUGUCACGCUCAGCAUUGUCAUCACGGUCUUUGUGCUUAAUGUCCACUACCGCACCCCGAUGACUCACACAAUGCCAGAGUGGGUGAGGUCCGUGUUCCUCGGGGUGUUGCCCAGGGUCAUGCUGAUGAGGAGGCCUAUUGACCAGGGCUGCUCCUCGCCUCCUAGUAUUACAGGAGGCAUGGUGGGAGGGAGCGCUGGAGGAAACAAGAAGAGGAAGAACAGCAUAGGAAGUGGGUCAGGAAGCGUAAGUAUUGGAGGCAUAACUGGAGGCGUGGCAUGUCCGCCGCUGGAGAGCGGUGCGGGAGGAGGAGGGACCUCCUCGGCUGGUGGCUCCAUGAACUGUGUGGAGUAUGGCGAGAUGAAUCGUGACUUGAACAGGGACAUAAACAGGAGGUGUCCCUACAGAGGCAAGGAGGUGCCAACUCCUGUUCCUCCCCCAAUGGUGCCGCCGCCACCGCCACCGCCACCUCCUCCCCCGGCUCCUCCGACCCAAGGGCCCCAGGAGUCAGAGCUUCCCAAGCUGCCCAGACCCCUCAAUGCUUCGUCCCCAGUCAAUGCCGUCGUCGCUUUUUCCGUGGUGUCCCCGGAGAUAAAGCAGGCCAUAGAGAGCGUGAAGUACAUCGCAGAGAACAUGAGGACACGGAACAAGGCCAAAGAGGUGGAGGACGACUGGAAGUACGUCGCCAUGGUCAUCGACAGGAUUUUCCUGUGGGUUUUUGUGACAGUGUGCGUGCUGGGGACUCUGGGACUCUUCCUCCAGCCGCUCAUCAGCUUCUUCAAAUGACGCCUUUUGUCUUUGUCCUCACUCUUCCUCCCUGUCUUUUCGUCUGCAUCCGUCUCCCCCUGCACUCCACGCGACUUACUGUGGGAAUUAUCCAUCUUGCCGCUCCUUCACGUCAAACACCAGAGUCUAGUUGUCCUGCUUUCUUGGCUUUCUUGUCCCCUAUAUCUGUCUUUUGCUCUUCUGUGGGACUCCAUCAUCAGCCAUCACUCGCAGCCUUCAGCUGUCUGUUUUUCUCAUGUGACUCACCCAGAUUUCCUCGUUCCUCUCCAUCAAUGUGCAAGCAAUGCUGUUAGCCUGUCUCCUUCACUCUGUCAAUGUUUUUUUUUUUUUUUUUCAGAUCUCGUUAUCACAUCUGUUCUCUUUUCUUUGUUUUUUUUUUUUUUUCCAAGUCUGCGCCAUGGUCUGACCCACCACUGCUGAAAGCAUAUCUUUUAAGAGUUGUCUUGCCAUUGUGGCUUAAUUUCCUUUGUGUGUGUGUUUUAACUGAAGAUGUUGACUCGGCCACUGUGUGUUAACGCUGUCGGGCUCUUGUUUCAGUUGUACAGUAGAAGAAGCUCUUAAAAUAAACAAGUCACUAAAGAAGAAGAACAUGAAUAACUUUAAAGAAGCACAUUGUCAUUGUAAGUCAGUGCAAUAAAAACAGUGCACUUUGGAGAGCUGUAGCACAGUCUGUCUUUUUGAGGUUAACGACGUAUAAAACCCAGCAGUUUUUGAAAGCUGACGCCGACUGUGUGUUUCGUUGUCAUCAGUUAUCUGUUUGUCUCCUUGUAAAUACAUUUGUAAAAUAUAAGCAUGGCUUCUAAGAAGGACGCUGGCUAUGCCGGCGCAUCCUUACAGAUCAUGUGUGUCUUAAAAUACUAUGCACCACACAAACUGUACAUCCACAUCAGUGUAAGCUAACAAUGUGUAGAAACACUUCUGAGCACACAACGUAGAUUAAGCUAAACAAGAUAAUGCCUCUUUUCAUUUCUGGCACACUAUCACUGCCAGCAAUUUACAAUUUACUGCGCAGAGGUUUGCAGAGGCACGGCCAUCUGUUGUAGCUGUCCACUGCCACUUGGUAACAGUGUCAAUAAAUAUGCAGAACAACUGGAAAUGAAGGCGACUCUCUGUCCACGUUCGUGCUGUUGUCGGUCUUUUAGUUUUGACCCUGCGACAGAGUUUUAAGAUGUUUAAGAUCAUUGUCUGUGACUCUUGUGAGUUUUCUUAUUUUAAUUUUCUUUUGCGCCCCUUCCUAUCAACUUUCAAUUUAAAGCCAAACUUCCAGCCAACUGUAUGCAUAGUGUUAACAUUGACUGGCAGCAAGAUGUACCAAACAACUUUUACAGUACAGUGACCUUCAGCUCUUAAAAUAAAUAAAUAAAUACAAAUAACUGA